UUUCUGCAGGUCUUACUAUAUAUUGAAUUGCUGUAGAAAGGUCAGUAAACUGUUAGUACUUAGUAGCAUACCACUACUACUGCCAUUCAAUCAUUGUAAGCAGUACAUAAUUGUUAUGGAACUUUGCAACGAAAAGUUGCAUGCACACUCCAUUCAAGCCGCCGUGUCUUACUGUAAGAGGUCCUUUGUGUGUUAAGCUAGUAGGUUAAUCAAAUCUAGACUGGGAUAUCCCAGUCAAUAGUCAUUCUGAGUGCUUCACGGCAGACCUUUCACCAGAAAUUGUCUCUGUGCACAUCGCGGACAAACAUGACGCCAUCCUGUUUGGUGAAUGGACGGUACACAUUUGGGUACCUGUCAUGGAAUCUGCAGGAAGCAGCAAAAGCUUGGAAGGCUAUAGCAGCACUGCAACAGCCGCUACACAGCAGUGCAGCCACACAGACUUACUGAUUUGUGCCCACAAAACAGACUGGCUGAAAGCAGCCUUGCAGUGGAAGACAGAGGUCAAUCCAUUGGCCAUACAAGACGAAGUGGUUCAUCAUCGUUAAGAAGUGAGCCAUUUCCAACUAUUUAUUCCGAACAGCACAAGAGCAUGCCUGGAGAUGGCGGACCCAUUAGCAUUCAGAAAGAAGGUCCAGCUUCGAGACAAUUAAAGGUUAAGCAAUGCCCAGUUCAGAAACUUCAGAGACUGCCAGAUGGGUGCCAUCCUGAUUUUGACAAUGACCAUUUAUAUUGUGUCAACAAGCUCCUGGAGUGAGGGCAGGCCUAGCGCAAUGGUGAAGUCCUCCCCACUUGUGCCAAGAGGUCCUGGGUUCGAACCAGCCUCUCUGCAUUGCACUUUGCAGGGGUAAGACUAGGUUCCUAUAAUCCCUCCCCAGACCCCACCUUGUGUGGGAGCUUCUAUGCACUGGGUCUGUCCUUUCAACAAGCUCCUGGAGUCCUGGUCUAAAUCUCAUGGCUCUGUUCUUGUUGAUGAUAAGGAACAUAUAUUAAAGACCAUCUUAUUCACAAUGGUUGUGUUAGCUGAUGCUCGCCAACCUUUUCUGAUUGUCACUACUACUGCUUCUCUCUCCUUAUGGGAGGUUCAGUUCAAUAAAUUAGCACCACAUAUCAAUGUUGUUGUGCAUGAUGGGCGGAAAGACAUGCUCAAGUCGAUUCAAGCUCAGCAGUUCUUCGAGAACGGAAACCACAUAACGUCACAAGUUCUCUUAUCCCAUCCUGAGGCUAUCUUAGAGGACAUUGAGCCUAUUGCACGUAUUGGUUGGGAGGCAAUCAUAGUUGAUUAUUAUCAACACUUUGCUCUAAAAUAUCUGGAACAGCUGAAGCAACUUUGUACUGGUUUUAGAGUGUUGCUUGUGAGCUCCCCAAUUGAAGAUAUCCCUGAGUACAGGAACAUGCUAGCUUUCCUUAGAUCGGGACAGAAAGAUAAUAGCGGCUAUGUUGACACUGCUGAUGCCCUUGAGAAGUCAAAAAUAAUAUUUGCACAUCAUAUUGCAUAUGAGCGCAAAGCAGAUUCUUCAAAAUUUCUAGAGCACUGGGUUCCUGCUUACAUUUCACAAGUGCAGCUAGGUGUCUAUUGUUCCAUUCUGCUUUCAAAUUCAUCUGUCCUCCAGUCUAAGAAGAAAGCUAAUAGUGUUGAAGCUCUUCGGGACAUUCUCUUGUCUCUCUCAAAGUGCUGUAAUCACCCUUACCUCCGUGAAUGUCUGGAAGAUUCACCUGUCAACAAUCCUGAUAUGACCGAAACAGUAGAUAUUGGAGUGCACGCAAGCGACAAGCUACUACUUCUUGACAAAAUGCUUAAAGAGACCAGCAACAGGAGGUUGAGAGUAAUUGUUCUUUUUCAGUCUGGUGGAGCAGGUGCAAAUCCAAUGGGUGACAUUCUGGAAGGUGUUGUGUGUCACAGAUUUGGCCCUGAGUCUUAUGAACAUGUCAAAUGUGGUGCGGUGAUGUCAAGUAAACAGGCGGCAAUUGAUAUGUUCAAUGACAAGACCAAGGGGAGAUUUGUUUUGCUGAUUGAAAGUCGUGCAUGCCUCCCAAGCAUUAAGCUACUAUCAGUUGAUGCAGUCAUCAUAUAUAGCAGCGACUGGAACCCAUCUAAUGACCUGAAAGCUCUUCAAAGAAUCAACAUAGAGUCACAACUUAAGUAUGUGAGCAUUUUCCGAUUGUAUACUCCUUUCACAGUGGAGGAGAACAACUUUGUGCUUGCAAAGCAGGGCAGGCUUAUUGAUAGCAACAUCCAGGAUGUAAUGCACAGUUCAAGCCAUUCCUUGCUCAGUUGGGGUGCACAAUUUCUCUUCACCAGAUUUGGUGAGCUUCUGCAAGAUAGGUAUUCAAGUAAGCAUUCUGAAAGGGGCACCAGUUUUAUGGAUGAAGUGAUUUUAGAGUUCGUAACAAAAUUACCCACAUAUACAGAAGACAGCUCCAAAAUAAACAGUGUGUACAUAUCGAAAGCUAAUAUGAGUGGGGAGUUUUAUUCAAGAAGCAUUACUGUAAUUGGUGAAAAGGAGGGAAUGUCUAUGCUGGAUGGGGAUCCAUCUGUAUUUUGGUUAAAUUUACUGGAUGGAAAAUCUCCUUGUUGGAGCUAUAUAUCUGAGCUAAGACAAUCAAUCAAUAGAAUGCUACAGAACAUAGAAGAACCAGCCCAAGUUGCUGCCGAAGAAACUGAUGAAGCUACCAAUGUGUCAGUCACACAGCAAAGAGAAUGUCAUGUGUCUGUCACACAGCAAAGAGAAUGCCAUGUGUCAGUUGAUGUAUUUCCCAACAUGGCUGUGGAGAGAAGAAUUGAUUUAGUGGAUGAUGUUUUCUCUUUUAGAGAAAAUAAUAUCCUUCAUAAACAACAAGCUGAGAUAUCAAAUUUAGUGACACACUCACAGAAUAAACAAAUCCUGAGAAUUGGAGCAACUCAGAUAUGUGGAUCGAGCAUGCAUAUGCAACAAUUGAGAAAUCUGCCUGCCCAACAAAGUUUAGCAACCUUGCCCCAUCCACCUGCAGAAGCAGAGCCAGCAGGUAUUCCUGGCAUGGAGGCCACGACAUGUUUACAGUCAAUGCAGUAUCAACCUACAGAGGCAGAAUGGGGAGGUAUACUGGGCGCAUUAGCAGCCCACGGUUCGCAGCCUGAAAUGCAACCAUCAACCUCAAUGCAGGAUGUUUUAUUUGAAAAGACUGAUCUGUCUGGCAUGCCUUUGCUAGGAAGUAUGAAUGCUCGUCAAAGUGUAGAACCUUCAUGGGAUCUGCACGCAGGAGAAGAACCAGCAGGCACUUUGGGCAUGGUGACAACUGAUAAGCUGCAGUCUGAAAUACAACAAUCAGCCACAGUACAUGAUCGGCCUGCAGAAGCAGAAGGAACAAGUACAUUGGGCACCAGGGCACUUCAGAAUUUGCACCCUGAAAUGCAAUCAUCAACCGCAAUGCAUCAUGUCCCUCUUGAAAUAGCACACUCUGAAGGCAGGAGCCAAACAGGAUUUCAGCCAAAUACAUCACCUGGUCCUGAGCAGCUCAGCCAACUCCUUUUUUUCGAGGAAGAGCUCAACCAAGUCCUAUCUGCUAGUGACCAGCCACAGGAAGAUAUGUCGAAAAUGUACAAACAUCACAUCAAUUUGCUUAGAAAAGCCCAUGAACAGAAGAAAUCACAACUUCAAAUAGAGCGUUACCGAGAAAUAGAAAAGGUGAACAGAAAGUAUUACUCAUUACUCCAAAAAGAAGAUCCCACUUUACCUCACAGCCAGAUGGGACUUGUUGAUAGCUACAAGGAAGCUUCUGUAAACAAAUCACCAGCUCAAGAUUUUCUAGGGGAAGUUGCACCAUCAUCUGCAGCUCAAGGGAGAUCUGAGAGGCCUGCAAUGGUGCUGCCACCUAAGUCUUCACCAGCUCAAACCACAGCAUCACCAGGUGUGAUCUGCAGCAUGACACGAGAUGGGAAAUGCUUCUCUUCAGAACCAUAUCCGCGCUCCGCCAUGAGGGUCUCGGAGACCAAAGGGUCCACGUCGCACCUGAUAUCGAGGAAUGCCACAGCUAGCUGGACCACGCCUUCAAGUUGCUGAUAAGUGAGUGAGAAGAGAAGGCGCUCAUCCUGCGCCGCCGCUGCCGCAGGAUCCUCCAUGCCCAUGGCGAUCACUGGGCAGUACAGCUGGACCUUCCAGAGCCCGCUUGCCUGGAGGGCGUACGAGAAGAGCGGUGACGCUGCCCUGGGCGCGUGGUGUGAGGACCGCAUCUCGGCCAUCCAGUUGGUCACCGCGAGAUUCAUCGUCUGCAUCCACUGGUCCUCGAGGUUGGCGCCGAGCAUUUUGACGAGGGUCUUUGCAGCGCCUCUGCACUUUGGGCUGGUCAGCUGGGUCCUCAGUGAGUCCAGGCACCCACGGCGGAGGUCGCGGGGCGCCUCGUAGAUGCAGACCAGGAAAGCAAGUGACAAGAAGACUAUGUUGAACGCGUCGCUGAAGCUGCCGCCAUGGAGGUGCUGCGCCCCGGGGAACCGGAAGGACGGCUUGCUGCUGUUGUCCGGCCCGUACCACAGCACCUGGUUCACGAUGUCCACAAACAGCUGCACCAUGUCUUGCUCGUCCAGGGAUUGCUGCGCCUUGGUUUUCAGGUGGACCGGUUUCGACGUCCACAGGAAUAUCGGCUCGCGGUAGUUGGCGGAGAUGGAGAAGGUGAGGUAGGAAGGCUGGGUGGGAGGUGUUUUGGCAACCGAGAGGGUCAUUGAUGUCGGCUGUGAUGACGCCGACGCUGAAGGCGUGGCGCAGAUGCAGAGGGACAUGGUGUUGGUGCGCCACUGGGAGAAUGGGGGCAGGCUGGUGAUCCAACCCCAUGCAUCAGGCACGAAGUUGUGAGCCAUUGUGGUGUUGGAAGAAGCCUGAUCUCCUUGCUGGCCUUUUAUAAAGAGGGAAAGAAGGCGAUGGCGCGGCGGAUAGAACUUCGGUUUAUCGCAUAUGAUUGAGCCCAAUGAGCGCACGGCAAAGUCUCGGGUAAAGUAGAUUCUUGGAUGGAGGGAGAGAUUUAUCUGGUCUAGAUGCUGAUUGGAAAAUUUAUCUGCUACUAAUUGAGACUCGAAGAAUCUCUCUUUAUGCUGCCGUGCAGUGCUGAACGUGAACUGCUGAUAUAUAUAGCACGCGUUUCAAACUCAAGUUGGUGACCCUGAUGACAAAUUGUACUGUUCGGAAGGAAACUUGUGCCGUGGCUGCUGUCAAAUGGGAAUCGGAACCCGAGGAAUCUCACAUUGUACUUUCGUGAAGCUUUGCAAUUUAUCAACUCCAGACACACGCCAUUUAUCCUUC